GUAAGACCCAUACCUGUGCUGCGUAGAUCUCGAGCCGGUUGGGCAUGCGGCCCUGGGGAAGGGUGAUGGGGAUGCGGCUGCCAUGACAACAGGCCGAUUAGAUUCAGACCUUUGUUUAUUUAUUAUUUUAUUUAUUUUCCUAUUAGCACUUUUCAUUUUCACGAAUCACGAGGACGGGCUUUUGAAGUAGCCGUGGCGACUUCUUCGGUGUAGGGUUAUUAUUAUUAUUAUUAUUAUUAUUAUUAUUAUACAUUUACUUUUUUAUGUUUUAACAGAGAUCCGCAUACUCCGAACUGAAAUAUAGCUUAGUUAUUAUUAGCUUUUCUUAUUUUAUGCUAAUUAUAAAUCUCUGACAAACAAAGUAUCCGUCACAUCCGGACUUCUCAAUUGAAUGGACAGUUUUUACACUAAACAUUGAAUAAUUACUCUGAUUAUGAGUCAAAGCGAGUACGGGAACGAAGCAAUCAUAGUGGGAAGUGCAGUUCAGGGAAUCAGCCUACCCGGUUGACACCUAUCACUACUGGGAGAGACAGGGAGGGAGGGAGCGCGCGACUGUAAAAUAGCCAACACCGAGCGCUGGGGACAUUAAAGCGGCAUCUUCCCUUUUAACAUCUGUUCCGUUAGCGUUUUGCGCGUGUAGUUAAUGGCGCUAUUCCUUCAUUGAAUUGGAUUAUUUUGUUAAAGCGGAACCCUGUUGCGUCCUUCCCUGUCUCUUUUUUUUCACUUGUGGCUAAUUAUAUUCCAAGGAAUGAAAGCAUGCCUGCGAUCUCGUCUCAGCGACUUUCAGCGUUCGCGAGUUCGGGGGUGAAUCCAUAAUCAUUUGACUUCUAGAUGUGUCUGCCUGCUUGUGCCUCUACGUGUGUCUGCUUGUGAACGUGUUUCAGUAUGAAUCAGCGUGCAUGUGAGUCAGCGUGGGUCUGUGCAUCUCCGUAUGUCUGCGUGUUAUAGACGACCUAUCUUUUCUGACACCGAUCAAGUGUCCUUGUCAUUCGUAGAUUAAGAUAUAGAAAGCUGCUACAUCAUCCGCCGCCAAAUUAACACUUACAUAAUACAUGUUGGGUGAGUAAAAACGGAGGACAGCGUUCGCAACAGCGGAAAAACAGUGGAUUAUAUGUGCGGCUCAAGAGCUGCGUGCGUCUCUGUCUGAGGUACCGGGAAUUCAGUGCCAACAUGCCCGGCGUCGGAGCGCUGAGGGCUGUUGGAAAGAGGAGAGGGUGGGCCUCCGGCAGAGAGUGGCGCUCCAAGGACAAGGGAAAGGAGGAAUGAUAGAGGGAUCACGGUGAAGACAAACGAGAAAGAAAGGAGAAGAGAUCGUAAUAUUUUCGGACCGGACGAUAUAUUUUUCUGACUUAAUUGAGAAGAUCCAAGGGCAAUAAGGAGAGAAGGAUGGACGCGUUCGAGAGCAUAGGAGGGCGGGGGUGUAAGCUACGAUCUCUCUAUUUUUUGAAUAAGAAAACUACUGCGCGUCGGAUUAAAUAACGUCAGGUCUACAUUUGAAAUCCAUAGUAAUAAUUUCUGUUUAGCUUAACAAAGUGAUGGACUGUGCCUAGGACUGAUAAGCUGUCACCUUCUGGGAGGUUUUUGUUUAGGAAGUGUAACAGGUUCGAUCCACCCCCCUGUGUACGGUACUUUUAUAUAGCCUCUCCCUUGCUCCGGGAUGGACGGGGCGGGGGGUGGCACAGGGUCAGCAGGCGGUGAGGGUCGCCCCACCCGAAAUGGCGAUUCCAAACGGCGCAGCAAGGGAAGCCUCCCGUCCCCGGGCUACCGCCUGUCCCAGGCCUCUCUGGAGGGGGAGCGGGCGGAUGCCGGUCGGAGACGCCUCUCCAUCAUGAGCUCCACCCGGGACGGGCUGCCCUUCCGCACGGCGGGCACCCCCACCACCCCGGUGCCCCUCCCGCCGCCUCCCCCGCCCGUGCCCUCGCAGCGCUCCGUGGGCUUCGCCUCGUCCCGCGCCGCCCUGGCCUCCACCUCCUCCACGGGGACCGGAGUGGUCAUCGUGGCCACGGGACCCGACACCACCACCACCACCACCACCGCCUGCAACACCAACGCCCCCGGGACCCCCGACGCCAUGCUGGACGGGGAGGACUACAGCUACUCCAACCAGUCCACCUUCAUCCAGAGGCAGUUCGGCGCCAUGCUGCAGCCCGGCGUCAACAAGUUCUCCCUGCGCAUGUUCGGCAGCCACAAGGCAGUGGCCAUGGAGCAGGAGAGGCUGAAAUCGGCCGGAGUCUGGAUCAUCCACCCAUACAGCGACUUCAGAUUCUACUGGGACCUUCUCAUGCUCCUCCUGAUGAUGGGCAACCUGAUCAUCCUGCCGGUGGGCAUCACCUUCUUCGAGAACGAGAACACCCUCCCCUGGAUCAUCUUCAACGUGGUGUCGGACACGCUGUUCCUGGUGGACCUGGUGCUCAACUUCCGCACGGGCAUCGUGAAGGAGGACAGCACGGAGAUCCUGCUGGACCCCCGCGCCAUCCGCCAGCGCUACCUGAAGAGCUGGUUCCUGGUGGACUUCGUCUCCUCCAUCCCCGUGGACUACAUCUUCCUGAUGGUGGACCUGGAGGCGCGGAUCGACUCGGAGGUGUACCGCACCGCCCGCGCCCUGCGCAUCGUCCGCUUCACCAAGAUCCUCAGCCUGCUGCGCCUGCUCCGCCUCUCCCGCCUCAUCCGCUACAUACACCAGUGGGAAGAGAUCUUCCACAUGACCUACGACCUGGCCAGCGCCAUGGUGCGCAUCGUCAACCUGAUCGGCAUGAUGCUGCUGCUGUGCCACUGGGACGGCUGCCUGCAGUUCCUGGUGCCCAUGCUGCAGGAGUUCCCCGCAGACUGCUGGGUGUCCAAGAACAACAUGGUGAACGACACGUGGGGCGUGCAGUACUCCUACGCCCUCUUCAAGGCCAUGAGCCACAUGCUGUGCAUCGGCUACGGCGCCCAGGCGCCCGAGGGCAUGACGGACGUCUGGCUGACCAUGCUGAGCAUGAUCGUGGGCGCCACCUGCUACGCCAUGUUCAUCGGCCACGCCACCGCCCUCAUCCAGUCGCUGGACUCGUCCCGGCGGCAGUACCAGGAGAAGUAUAAGCAGGUGGAGCAGUACAUGUCGUUCCACAAGCUGCCGGCGGACGUGCGUCAGAAGAUCCACGAGUACUACGAGCAUCGGUACCAGGGCAAGAUGUUCGACGAGGAGAACAUACUGGGGGAGCUGAGUGAACCGCUGAAAGAGGAGAUCGUGAGCUUCAACUGCCGCAGCCUGGUGGCCAACAUGCCGCUCUUCGCCAACGCCGACCCCAACUUCGUGACGGCGGUGCUGACCAAGCUGCGCUUCGAGGUCUUCCAGCCGGCGGACUUCAUCAUCCGCGAGGGCACGGUGGGCCGCAAGAUGUACUUCAUCCAGCACGGCCGCGUCAGCGUGCUCACCCGCGGCAACAAGGAGACCAAGCUCAGCGACGGCUCCUAUUUCGGGGAGAUCUGCCUGCUGACGCGCGGGCGACGCACAGCCAGCGUCCGGGCCGACACCUACUGCCGCCUGUACUCGCUGUCGGUGGACAGCUUCAACGAGGUGCUGGAGGAGCACCCCAUGAUGAGGCGGGCCUUCGAGACCGUGGCCGUGGACCGGCUGGACCGCAUCGGCAAGAAGAACUCCAUCCUGCUGCGCAAGACGUCCCAGGGGGGAUCGGUGGCGGGGAGCAGCGUGGGCAGGGGGGGAGGAGGAGGCGGCAGCCGGGGCGGAGGAGCGGGAGGAGGCGUGGGCCUGGGCUCCUGCGACAGCAUCCUCGUGCAGCAGAUCGUCAAGCACGACAGCAUGCCCUCGCAGGACGGCGGGCCCCCCGGGGCCGCGAGGGCGGGCGUGGCGGGCGGCGGCGGGGGCACCAUCUCCCCCCGGCCCCGCCCGGUGAUCUGGGCUCCCCUCGUCCACGCCCCCCUGCAGACGGCUGCGGCCACCACCAACGUGGCCAUCGCCCUGAUGCACCAGCAGCAGCAGCAGCAGCAGCAGCUGCAGCAGCUGCAGCAGCAGCACGCACUGGGAGCUGCAGUAUUCCUGCCGUCCACCCUCCCCAUAUCCCCCUCCCCCUCCACCUGUCCUAUCUCACCCCCCCGGCCCCCUCUCCUGCACCCCCGCCAGUCCGUCAGCUCCCUCAUGGGGGUGGUCGGUGGGCUGUCGCCCAGGGGAGUCACCCCUGUCUCCAUCACGUCAACCCCCUCUCCCUCCUCUAUGGGUCCUGCCGGGGUGGGCGGGGCUGUAGGGAGUGGGGUCUCUGUGGCCAAAACUCCACCUACACCCGCUCCUAUGCCGGCCCCCCUGCAGGCAGGCAGAACUCUGCACUACAGUCUCCGUCUUCACUCUGACGCCCCGGCGGGGGGCGCUCUGCUGUCAGGGGGUGCCACCACCCCUCCCCUCCACAAAUUCCCAGUGGUGGCUCCCGAUGCCCGCAGUCUUGGAUCUGGCCAGCAGAGGGCGAGGGAGGCGCUGUUGCGCCACGGCGGGGGGAGCACGCAGGGGCUCCCGGCUUUGGGCAGAUUAACCCAAGAGGCGAGGCUUCUGUCUGCCUCGCAGCCCACACUGCCACACAGAGGCUGGGCAGGCGUACAGCCCUGCCCGCCUUUGCACCGCAAAGCCUCCGGGGGCAACUUGCUCCCUGCCCCGUUCCAGGUGCCCGCGGGGCAGAUGGCGAGAGGGGGCAGUGUGGGCGUUCUGAGCUCUAAUGUCCCCUCCGCACAGCAGCUGAUCUCUUCAGCGCAGAUGGCAGCCCAAGCCUCGGCCCUGCUGCAGGCCCAAAUGAGCUCCUACGUACAAGCACAGCCCCCGCCCUCCUCCUCCCCCAAACCCUCACCCGCCCCUGCUCUGCCCACCUCCACCCCAGCCCCGUGCCCCAAACCCAGUCCCGCGCCCUCCUCUCUCCCCUCCUCUCCUCCCUCGUCCAAAGUUCCCACACCACCUCCUUCCUCCCCUGGCCUCCCCCAAACCCCACGCCCUAAACCCUCCCCCACUCCUCCGUCCUCCUCCCCUCUGGCUUGUACACCCCCCACCCCUACCCCCACCGCUCCCACGUUCCCAGCCUCCCAGACACCUCGCACGCUCACUUCUGCCACCCCGGCCCCUUCCUCCUCUCCAAAGGGGGGCAAUAAAGACCCUGAACUGCCUGUCACCAGGAAGGACUCUGAGGCUCUUAGACAUAAACUUCCUGCCAACAUGUGAGGAGGGUGUGGCCAGGAGAGCCAAUGGAAGAGGGGGUGGGCUGGGGUGGGCCGGUGGGGUUGGUUAUGACACUAUUCCAAGCCUACAUAGUGUGUUAGUGAUUGCUGGAGCAAGAGAGAAAGCAAAGAGCUGGAAAGACAUUACAGCAUGGACAGUCAAUAAGACAGCAGCAAUGAUGGCAGUGAAGAGGAUGACUGUUGCACAACUGUAGCUUGUGCAGGGGUAACAAUUUAAGGUUGUGAGUGGGACAGACAAAUCCCAGCAGUUUGCAGUUCCACAACCCCCCACGACUCCUGCUCCUCACCAAAGUGUAAAAUCUGUCACUAUAAUAAUAAAUAAUAAAGUAAAUUCUGUAGUAAUUAUUAUAUUUAUCAUAAUAAUUAGGCACAAUCCACAUGUAGUCUGUUGUCCCAGGUGUGUGGUGUUAGCUUUGGACAGAUAAAAUGCUAAGGUCCAUGUUCACUGAUUGCUGUAACUAAAUUGUGUUUUAAUGUGUGAGCCUUCACACUGCUCCAUCAUUCACAGUGUAUGUAGGUUUGUAUCACCAAUCUCAAGCUUCUCUUUUCAAUGUAUAUAUUAUAUAUAUAUGUGUGUGUGUGCGUGUAUAUGUAUGUAUUAAUCUAUUCUCUUCUAUCCUUAUGUCCUUUAUUUUGUAUUUCCACACUCCCUUCUGGCCUUUUGGUUUAUUUCUCUGAGUUUCUCGGUUUUUUUGUGUCUGUAUUCCUUAUCUGUCUGUCACCCCCUACUUUGUGUCUGUAUUCUUACUAGUUUUCUUUUUUAGUUUUCUUUUUCUCUGUUCAUGCCCCUCCUUUGCGUCCUGUUGAGUGCUGUCCUUUGCUGUCUUGUACCAAUAUCAAAAUAGAGUUUUUAAUCUACUCUACCAUGUUGCCUAGACUGUGUAAAUUUAAGGACCAAAUGUUUUAUUUUUAUCUGUUAUCACAGCUUUAGCUUUUGAGCAACAAAAAAAGAGUAAAUAAUUGUCUAUAAAGAUGACGAUGACAAUGAUGAUCAUUAUGAUGAUAGUAAGAAAAAGCAGAAUUAGAGUCAGAAUUACUAGUUCAGCUGUAAGGGUGUGUAUUCUCUUACGUAUGUUAGGAAUCCGUUAUCUGUGGAUCAUUUUUGACACGCACACAAACCCAUUUUACUCAACAGGUGAAAUGCUUCCAUUUGGGCAAACAUUUCAGUUGGCAUUGGUGAUUACGGUAAUAUCAGUUAGCUACAGAGCUUAAAACAUUAGGGAAAGGAUUCAUACAAAUAUUUGUUUUGAAGCUGUGCAGAAUAUUAUGUUUGACAUAAUUUUUAACUUUGGAAAGCAGUCCUGAUUUUGGUUGCUUGAAAUGAGUUAAAAUCUGGUUUAUAAUCUUUGGACUGAUUCUCCAUUGAUUUCAGACUUUAUGAUGUCACCUGGUUUGAUGCUGAGACAAUGUGAACACUGAAUAUGGUCAUUAGUAAUAAAGAGACUGAAAGACUAA